GUCCUCCUGUACACCCCCUCUUUCUGCACCAUGGUUGACAGAGCUGCAGCUCCUCUGCUCCUCUACUCCAUGUCCGCUCCCUUUAUGAAUUCUUCUACUCUUCCAGCAUGGCCAUAGCCAACCUCCUCUUCUCCUCCCCCCUCCAUAUCCCUCUCUGAUUAGCUAAUUUACAAUGUUUACAUCAGAUGUUAGUACCAAAGUUCAGCCAUUAAAAUAUUUUUUGCCGAGUUGUCUGAUUUCAUAAUCAAGAGAAUGUAGACAAGUGUUCAGUAUGGGUUUUAAGUUUCCUACCAUGUCUCCUAAAGUUUAUUGUUUCGAAUUUGAGAGUAAGUGUUGUUUGUUAAUUCCAAAGUUUGUCAUCCAAACAUGUUUGGUAUUGAAAUCUCAGGCAUUUCAAAGGCCAAUUUACUGAACAACCAAACAGGUGAAUUCGUAUUCGUGCCAUUUCAGUUUCCUCACUGAUUUGGAAUUUAGACCAAUUCAAUACGGAGCUCUCCAAUGGAGACAUCCAAACGAAGCGUUAGGUUAUUGUCUAUUCGUCUGUGGUAGCAUAAAUAAAUCACUGAAUGUCUUGUUGUUUACAGUUUAUGCAAAGCCAUUGUUGUUUACAGUUAUGUAAAUCCAUUGUUGUUUACAGAUGAUAGUUAUUAAUGACAACAUUCAGAAUUGAAAUGUGUUCUUCUUUAGCUUGGCCGCCCAGCAAUUUGUUUAUAGCUCCGCCACUGAUUAAGGGGCUUUCAUUCCUCUCGCAGCCAUGCUUGGCCAUCUCCGGCGAUCCUCUGGCAUUCUGCGCCGCCUACCGAUCGCCAGCUUCGCUCCCUCCGACCCUGCCGCUGCAUACUCGGGAUGGAGUUCACACGCCGAGUCACUCUCGUUUGUUUCAUGUAAGUUCAUGUUGGUGUGGCAAGCAUGCUACCAGGAAUUUCUCUACAGAUGAUAAAGUUACCAAUGGUCGUCGAGGGUAUCGGCAAAAGGAGUUGAAGAAGCCAAGUACGGCCGUGAAGGAUAAUGAUGCAAUCAUUGAUCGCAUACAAAAGAGCACAAGGGGGUUGAAAAAAGGGCCGGUUGGGCACACCCUUUCAUCAGCAGAGAAAAGGAAAUUCCUUAUCAACACUCUUCUUGAUCUUGAAGACUCAAAAGAAGCUGUUUACAGCACCCUUGAUGCAUGGAUCGCCUUUGAGCAGGACUUUCCACUUGCCUCAUUAAAGCAAGCAAUUGUAGCUCUUGAAAAGGAGGAACAAUGGCAUAGAGUUGUCCAAGUAAUAAAAUGGAUGUUGAGCAAAGGGCAAGGAAAUACCGUCAGAACAUACGAGCAAUUAGUGCGUGCACUUGAGAAGGACAACAGAGCAGAGGAAGCACAUAAAAUCUGGGAGAAGAAAAUAGCCCAUGACCUGCAUUCAGUUCCUUGGCGUUUCUGCGGUCUUAUGUUGGCAAUUUACUACAGAAACAAUAUGCUAGAUAGGCUUAUCAAGCUCUUCGGUGCCCUUGAAGCAUGUGGUCGCAAGUGUCCUAGUAAAGAAUAUAUACGGAAAGUUGAAGUUGCAUAUGAAAUGCUUGGUCUAUUAGAAGAGAAGAAGGAUUUGCUUGAAAAGUACAAGGAUUUGUACAAUAAGCCAUCAAAUAGUGAUAGAAAGAAAGAUCGACGGUUCAAGAAGGCUGAGAAGAAAGCUGCUGAUGAUGGCAGCAAACAAUUGGAGAUGGAAACAUCUGAAAACUUACCAGUUAACUCAUGCCCUUCAGAUAAGGAACUGGUUGCCAGCAGUUAGUCAAGAUAAGAAAUACAACACCGAUGGUGAGAUCAGUAUCAGCCAAGAACGUGAUGCAGCUAGUAAUCUCUACCAGUAACACUUACUGGGCCAACCAAUAGUCCAUUACUAAUAGGAAACAGCAUGAACAUUGAAACCCCCUUAUUCUUCCAUAAAUCAUUGAAGUGCGGUGACUUCCAUGUUGCCUUGGACAAAUAUUUCCGAGUGUUAUCGUUCGCCAAAAAAGUUGUAAUGUCUGAAUAUUGGAAUAAGUGGGCGCAUAACUGUAGUCAACGAAGGGAUUACAUGAGGAAACCAGUACUUUAUCUCAUGUACUCAGUGUGAGAAUUGUUGUGCUGACAUUUCUGUUUUCAUACUAGAAAGCCAAAUUCCUGUUAUCCAUCGCAAUCUAAUA